AUGAUGAAGAGGCAGUUAAAUUGGAUGCGGCAGCUAGCCUACACCGGCAGCUCCGGACGGGCCCAGGAGGCUACGGAGUUCUUGAGCGAUGACCUCCUGCAGGUGGAACAGAGGCUGGAACCGGCCAAGAGGGCUGCCCACAAUGUGCACAAGAGGCUGCAGGCGUGUCUGCAAGGCCAGAGCGGAGCGGACAUGGAUAAACGGGUGAAGAAAUUGCCCCUGAUGACCCUGUCUGUCACUAUGGCUGAGAGCUUCAAAGAGCUGGACCCCGAGUCCAGCCUAGGGAAAGCCUUGGAGAUGAGCUGUUUCAUCCAGAGCCAGCUGGCUAGAGUCCUGGCCGAGUUUGAGAUUGCCCUGGAGAGAGACGUCCUCCAACCCCUCAACAAGCUAAGCGAGGAAGAGUUGCCUUCCAUCCUCAAGCACAAGAAGAACCUGCAGAAACUCACCUCUGACUGGAAUGCCUUGAAAAGCAGGCUCAAUCAGGUGACCAAGAACUUGGCCAGCGGCGGGACUGGACUGGGCGGGGGUCCCGGGGGUACCUCAGCAGCUAAUAAGCUGGAGACGCUGAAGGAGGAGGAGGAGGAGCUGAAGAGGAAAGUGGAGCAGUGCAAGGAUGAAUAUCUGGCCGACCUGUACCACUUUGCCACCAAAGAGGACAGCUAUGCCAAAUACUUCAUCAGUCUCCUGGAGAUUCAAGCCAGCUAUCACCGCCAGUCCCUGAAUUCACUGGACACGGCCCUGGCCGAGCUGAAGGAGAGCCACGGGGCGGCCGCAGAGCCUAGCUCCCCGAUGGUGGACACGCCAGUGGCCAAGGUGUACGGCGUGGCCUUGGAGGAGCACCUGAAGGAGUUGGGCCGGGACGUCGCUCUGCCCCUCGAGGCCUGCGUUAUGAUGCUGCUGGCCGAGGGCAUGAAGGAAGAGGGUCUCUUCCGCUUGGCUGCGGGGGCCUCGGUGCUGAGGCGGCUGAAGCAAGCCAUGGCGGGCAACCCCAGCAGCCUGGAAGAAUUCUGCUCCGAUCCGCACGCGGUCGCAGGGGCUCUCAAAUCCUACCUGCGGGAGCUGCCCCAGCCCCUAAUGACUUUUGACCUCUACGACGAUUGGAUGAGAGCUGCCAGCAUGAAAGACCCAAGAAGCCGCCUGGAGAACCUGAGGGAGGUGUGUGGCCGGCUGCCCAGGGAGAACUUCACCAACCUGAGGUACCUCAUCAGGUUCCUAGCCAAGCUGGCCAAAGAGCAAGAGGUGAACAAAAUGACGCCCAGCAACAUCGCCAUCGUCCUGGGGCCCAACUUGCUGUGGCCACCCGUAACGGAAGGGGACCAGGCCCAGCUGGACGCAGCCUCCGUGUCGUCCAUCCAGGUGGUGGGAGUGGUGGAGGCCCUGAUCCAGAAUGCAGACACCCUCUUCCCGGGAGAGAUUGAUUUCAACGUGUCAGGCUUGUUCACGGCUCUCACGACCGCGUGCCCCUCCGAUCCCGAGGACAAGGCCAGAGAAGGCCCCCCUGCCGAGGAAGCCCCGUCCAGGACCACCCCGCCCCCAGCAAAGGAAGGCAGACCGGUACCGGAGCCGGAAAACCCACCGGAGGCUCCGGCCCAAGCCGAGGACCCAUCCCGCAAGGCAAAGCGCCCAGCCCCAGUCCGGCCUGUGGUGCCCCCACCCCCUCCGGCGCACCCCCCGUCCUCGCCGCCCGUGCCCCAUUCCCCGACCGGGGCCUCCGGCAGCCCGGCCACCCCUAAGGCCCUUCCCCGGCGCCUGACCGGCAGCAGCUUGAAGGCUCCCUCGGUGCCCCCGCCCCUGCCACCACAGCCUGUCCGUCGCCUGAGCCGCCGUCCCUCCCUGGGCUCCCCGACCCCGAAGGGGGAGACCGAAGGGGUCGUCGGCCGAGGGCCGGAGCGCCCGGGAGACGUCUCGCCGUCGGAGGCCGGGGCUCACGCCGGUGAGGCCUCCUCUGAGGGACCCCGACCCAGGAGCCUGGCCGCCUCAGAGGGCGACUGAGCCAGGGCCAGCUCUCUUUUCUAACCAAGUUGCACUGGUUCCCCCUCACCAUCUCUCUUUUUGUGGGCGCCUUCUCUUCAGCCCCUCUCCGAGCCCCCCUUUGACCUCGCCCUCUCCUGCCCACCCCAGCGACACAGCCUCAACUCCCAGAUGGCGGUCAAAGGGUCCACUCUUUCAAAGUUAGGAGCCCCCCUCUCCACCCCAACCCCUCCACCCCGCCGACCCGCUCAAGACCCGGCCUCAGCCUUCCCUGUGGCACCACGGAGCAGCUCAGCUGGACUUUUUCUGGGACUCUGUUCCUUCCCCUCCACACCCCUGACCUCCCCCUCUCUGGCAGAGUCUUGGGAGCCAAGGGGUCUUGGCUUCAUUUAUAGAAAUUUAUUUUUCUUUUUUUCC